AUGGCCGAGGUUGCAGCUGGUGUUGUCGCUGCCGAACAGGUUCUUUCCACCACUGUCGAAGCUGGUGCUGCCGGUUACGCCAUUGGAAAGCCCUCGAAUGGCCUUAAAGCCACCCUCAAUCAGAUUGCAACCGCCGCAGCUGAUGGAGCAAGCAACUCUCUCGUCAGGUCGCACCAUAGCCUAACAGUGGUGGGCGACAGAGCCUACAUCUUCGGCGGACAGACCGAGUCUGGCACAAUCGCAAAUAACGACAUCCAUUCUUUCGCGCUCCCCACGGCAGACAAGCCUCAGCCAGACUACCACCUCACGCCCGCCAUCACGUUCGAGACUGGUGCCCAAAUACCCAAACCUCGGACUAGCCAUGCUGCCUGUGCUCUCGGCGAGCGUCUUGCCGUGUUUGGAGGAAUGGACGAGUCCGGUAAGGUCUUGGAGGAGACUACCAUUUGGCUCUAUGAUCCGAACAAGUCAGCCUGGGAGGCGGUCUCGGCUGCAUCCUCUACCAUGACGCCAGUUGUCCGAAGUGGAGCUGCCAUCUUUCCUCAUGGAAAGGACCUUUUACUGUAUGGGGGGAAUGACGAGCAUGGCAACUCGCUCGCCGAUGUAUGGGUCUUUGCGUUCUCAACUCAUACCUGGGCCCGACUACCUGAUGCACCCGUCUCAACGACGAGUGUUGCAUAUGCUGAAGGAUCGCUUUACCUGAUUGCUGCAACCGAUGGACUCAGUAGUGCUCUGUACCAUCUGGAAGUUGACGUGCAUGGAGAUGAGCCGCCUACAUGGGACACGGUACAGUUCCCAACGAAUCCAUUGGCACCAGGCCCGAGACCGCGCGAGAACGGUGGAUUGCUUCACGUCACGACUGGAUUUGGCCGAAGCUAUUUGCUCUAUUUCCUUGGAGAUCGCCAGUCCGAGAAGCCCGAGGGCGCUGAGUCUGCACCGCCGCUCCAAUGGAGUGACAUCUGGUCUCUCCAGCUGCCGGCCAGCCCACUCAGUGUUCAGGCAACUACUACUAUCACCGAGGCGAUCAAGCCCGCCAAGAUCAAGGAUGCCAUCCGAUCAAGGUUUGGCUACGACACGGGCGCCUUCAGCUGGGCUGAGGUGGAGAUUAAGCCGCCUGGAGACCUACCGGAGCCGGAGGGCAAGGUUCACCCUGGACCGCGAAGCUCAUUCGGGUGCGCUGUCUUGGCAAAUAAGCGUGAUGUCACCCUGUGGGGUGGAAUUAAUGCAAAGGGAGAGCGCGAGGGCGAUGGCUGGAUCAUUCACCUGGAAUAA